UAUUAUAAUCGAUUUCUGCUUUCGGUUGGGUCAACAAUUCUCAGUUCUUAGUUGCAGAAGAAUCAUAAAUCCCUUCCGAACAAUUUCUCACUUCUCACCAAAAUUUUCCAUCUCAACUUCCCAUUUUCUGCGAUUACACUCCUCGAAUUCCCCAGAUCUCAGCCCUACCACUACCUGCUCACCUUUCUCUCGUCGUUACUCUCACAGUUUCUGACUUUUGGCGAACUCGUUCUGCGCCUUGUUACUUUGGGGCACGAUCCGCUGGAUCAGACAUGCCGGUGGCUGCAUCGGCCAUUUACUUCCUCAAUCUCCGGGGAGAUGUUCUCAUUAAUCGUCUCUACCGUGACGAUGUUGGGGGAAAUAUGGUGGAUGCUUUCCGAACACAUAUAAUGCAAACAAAAGAGCUCGGUACCUGUCCUGUGCGGCAGAUUGGUGGUUGCUCUUUCUUUUACAUGAGAAUUAGCAAUGUAUACAUCGUGAUUGUUGUUAGCAGCAAUGCAAAUGUAGCUUGUGCAUUCAAGUUUGUUGUUGAGGCUGUUGCACUGUUCAAAUCUUAUUUUGGUGGGGCUUUUGAUGAAGAUAAAUAAUGGAUUUUGGUUACCCACAAAACCUCUCGCCUGAAAUUCUUAAACUAUAUAUCACACAGGAAGGAGUUCGCUCGCCUUUUUCAUCCAAGGCUACAGAUAAACCUGUCCCAAAUGCAACUUUGCAAGUUACAGGUGCUGUUGGUUGGCGAAGGGAAGGCCUUGUAUAUAAAAAGAAUGAGGUCUUCUUGGAUAUUGUUGAAAGUGUAAACCUUCUUAUGUCUUCGAAAGGUAGUGUUUUGCGUUGUGAUGUAACUGGGAAGAUUCUUAUGAAGUGCUUUCUUUCUGGAAUGCCUGAUUUAAAGUUGGGUUUAAACGACAAAAUUGGCCUUGAGAAAGAGUCGCAGUUGAAGGCCCGUCCAACUAAAAGUGGUAAAACAAUUGAGCUUGAUGAUGUUACUUUUCAUCAAUGUGUAAAUUUGACGAGGUUUAACUCAGAGAAGACUGUCAGCUUUGUGCCACCCGAUGGGGAAUUUGAAUUGAUGAAAUACCGUAUUACUGAGGGUGUUAAUCUUCCAUUUCGAGUUCUACCGACUAUUAAGGAGCUUGGUAGGACACGUAUGGAAGUUAAUGUUAAGGUGAAAAGUGUCUUCGGUGCAAAAAUGUUUGCUCUUGGUGUGGUCAUUAAAGUUCCUGUUCCGAAACAGACAGCUAAAACUAGUUUCCAAGUGACAUCUGGUCGAGCCAAGUACAAUGCCUCUAUUGAUUGCAUCGUGUGGAAGAUCAGAAAAUUCCCUGGACAAACAGAACCAACUAUGAGUGCAGAAGUCGAGCUGAUUUCUACCAUUGCUGAAAGGAAGCCUUGGACACGGCCACCAAUUCAGAUGGAGUUUCAGGUUCCCAUGUUCACGGCAUCGGGUCUACGUGUCCGUUUCCUUAAGGUGUGGGAGAAGAGUGGUUACAACACAGUUGAAUGGGUUCGUUACAUAACUAAAGCGGGAUCAUACGAGAUCCGGUGUUAGAAUUAUGGACAAGACCUUAGUCACGAAGUGUAAAAAAAGAAGAAAAAAAUCAAUUGAAUUGAUAGAGAAUAUGCAAAGCGUUCUCAGUCGACACUCUGGUUAUUCCGAGCGUAUUUAAGGGAAGCUUCAUGGGAGAGACUGGUAGAUUUCGAUGGAUCAUUCGGGUUGCUUUGCUUUUGUUUUGUUUUGUUUUUCUUCCCCCUCUGAGGUUUAGCUAUUUGAUGUUUAUACUGUUAGCUAUAUGUAAACCAAACUUCUACAUUCUUUCCUCCCUCCUUUUUGCUUAUUAUUUUUUUGGAACAACAUUAUUUCUUGUGGCUGCCUGCUGAUUUCUGUUGUAAUCAAAGGUUUUGUAGUGAAAAUUUUCUCUUCUUUGGAUGAAUUUCUUU